AUGUACACCACGUCUAACAAGAGCUCAGUUUUGAAGUUUAAUGAUGUGUUUAGUGGUUCUCCCAAUAUAUCCAGUGUUUCACCAUCCUUUAGCAUAACUGCGUUUUCUGGUCUGUCAAACUACAGUCUACGAGGGCAAGGUUAUGUGAUGGUUGCAAUGUCAAGACUUUACUUUAUCGCAGCUUCAUGUGAUGAUGAAUGUGAAAUAUGGCUAAGAAGAGCUGAAGAACCAGGACUGGGUGAUAAUGAAAGAGCUGAUCACGAGCUGUUGAUUAAAAUUGAGUCACCUACGUAUCCCACCGGAUAUAAAUUGAGUCCAAGCCAAUAUAAGUUACAAAACUUCAGCAGAUGUCAUUUGUAUCAUAUGGAGGCUUACAUGCGRCAGCGGGUCAAUAACGAUUAUCUUACCGUAGUCUUAAAGUUACCCGAUGAACAAGGGAUGCCACUUUUCCCCUCUGAGUUUGUCUACUGGAUGAGACCAGGUUCUAGAGUUCUUAAGUUUCAAUUAACCAACAACAUCAGUAGAAGCAUUGUUCUUGGUUCAGAGUUAAYUUUUGAAGCUGUCUACAAAUUCUGCUGCAAAGGUCUUGCCUGUCCUUCCUGUCCACUGGUAAGACAGCUGGAGGCUUUUAAGCGAACGAUAAUGGUUAACGGGAGACUCGAAAUGAGCUGUGAAGAGCACAAAAUGAAAUUGAAAAUCUCGACGAUCGUGCAACCGGACAAUUACAGCAUUGAUUUAUCGUAUCACUUUCCCGACGACCUAACGCAUUGGCACAAGAAAAGACGUAUUACGAAGUCCAUACAAGUUUCCGAUUCAACCAGGCUCCAAUGUUCGUUUGAAGAUGGAAUAUGUCCGGGAUGGAUUGUAUCGUCACACGACAGUCCAUCAUGCCGGUGGAGUUUAGAAAAAGGUGAGAAGAUCAAGGGUAUGUAUCGUUAGUCUUAAGUAUUCUCUCUCCUGUUGUUGCUUCUUUUUUUGAUUAGAGAAAUACCAAUAAGUAUAAAAGUAUUGAAUACUUCAUAUAAAACAAACCUUUCUUAUCGGUGGGCUUAUUCUUCCACUGGACCAGAGCAUGUCAUGGUCAGAUUGAUCUUCGUGGAAACGACGGGACGCGCCUGAUAUGAAAUGAAUCAAACACGUUCAAUCGAGAAUGAUUUGCUUCUUCGACUAUGCUUCGCCUUAGGAAACAUAGAGAGUGUUGGAGAAACAAUUAAAACUAAUUUCCAUGCAUAUAUCUACAGAUUUCACCAAUAUGACGAUAACACUCAUUGGUUGAUAGAUUACCACUGGUAUGCGGGACUUAUACUAAUAGUAAUUAAUUUUUUUUAUAUGGCAAGGUAU